CUAACCUUGAAGAUUACUAUUUAAUGCUUGGAAAGCGAUGCAAUAUACCAUAAUGCAAAGAGUUAUCAAAGUUAAGUUUUCUGUGAAAAGAUAAGAAAAUGGAUAUACUACUAACGAUUUUACUCUUCACAAGGUUGCUGUUAAGUGUUGAGGCGGCGGACAAAUGCGGGGACAGAUGUUCUUCUACACAAGUAUGCUUGAAUGAUGGAACAUGUGUUAAUCAUUCGGACUUAGUCAACUGUGGUUUGCACUACUGCAAAAAGGGCCAAGAUUGCUGUGGCUUUUUGAGAUGUAUGCCAGCGGGAGACGUAUGCUGUGGCAACAAUAUCUACUAUUGCAAAAGCGGCCAUACAUGUUGUGGGCUGGGCCUUUGCUGUCUCCCCGGAUAUUUUUGUGAAAAUAGGAAAUGUGUGCCGGAUAGGUUUUCAACUAGAAAGCCGUCGUCAAAGACAACCACAAAAUCCAUAACACGCUCUCCUACAGCAAAGCCGACAGAACGCUCUCCCACAGCAAAACCAACAGAACGCUCUCCCACAGCAAAACCGACAAGAAGGUUCAAUGAUUACACAACACGACGAAGUAAAUACCGGAUAUCACUUUCAAGCAGUACAUUCCGAUGGUGGUAUGGUGUUAUAAUCGCAGCUGCUGGAAUUUUUGUGCUAGUUAUCAUCGUCCUCGUCGCACUGAAGUGCAGACGUUCUAGAUCAAAUGUGAACCGUCAGUCGGGCAGAGUUGAAAUGACGAAUAUACGGCCAGACCAGAUCAACUGGCAACAACAGAGAAAUAACAGACAUAUAAUGGUACCGCAUACAACUGUUCCAAUACAACCAAAUCGGCAACCGGCGAAAAAAGACAUUCCUUUUGUAAUAACAAAGGCAGGUGUUCCAAUGCAGUAAAAUAGGCAACCUUUAAGCCUUUGAUAUGAAUAUACAAACGCAUUAUUAUUAUACAAGGCUUAAUAGUGUUUUACCUAUCUGUGUGAAAUCCCGUUCGACAUAGAAUUAUAUACUAUAUAUUUCAUGUAACAUAUGUUUAUAAAAUGUCUUAAUGGAUAUAUUACUCUACAUUGUAUGUCUAACAUUUAGGUUUUGUCUUCAAAAUGAAUUGAACUUUACUUUCUAUAACGUUCGGAAGUGUCGAGACUUUCAUCACAAAUGAUAACUUUAGUUUUACAGGUAGGACAUGUUCUUUGUUGACUACGAAAUAAAUGGAAGGAUUGAUUAAAACGUCUCAAUGUUUUUGUAAAGUUUAGAAGAGAACCACAUGUAAAAAGAAUAGUUUAGUUACUUUUAAAGACAGUAUCCUUAUAUUUUAAACAAAGAUGUUAUGUGUAAUAUCUCCGUACAGACAUUUAAGUAAUAUUCAUGUCAUAUGGAAUGUAUAGUAAAAUACUGCAACGUUGCGUUUCUAUAAAUACUGAGUGAACAUUCUCCGAAAAGUUCUCUCGAAUAUUUGAUACUUAGUUAUGUUAUUAAAAAAUAAGAUUUAGGUCUUUUAGAUCACAUCGGUAAUACUUCAUGUUGUUCAGAAAAAGGGGAAUUACUCCAAACACUUUUAAAAGUUAAAAAUAAAUAAGAAAUUUACAAAAUGACAAAUGAUUCACAUUAUUGCCUCUAGCAUAUAAAAGCAAUAGUAAAACGUAAAUUACCAUGAGUUUAAACUCUGUAAUAGAUCCGAGAUAUUUCAUACUGGACCAUUGUGAGAACAGCCAUUAUGAAUCCAUUAUGUCCUGUUUGUGAAAUUUGGGUUAUGAAUGAAUUUUCUUACUCAUACAUCUUGUGGGUUUCUUUCUAAUAAAUAUGGUAAAACUUUU